CAGCAUCCCGAGUCCUAUCGGCUUACCCGCAGCUGUCUAUCACUGAUUCAACUCAGAAUCGGUUUAUCGAGAGUAUCGCUUGUGGGUUGUGUGUGGUCACCUGUUCGCCGGGUUGACAUACGAAAUGAAUGGCAUUUUGGUUUGCGUUCAGCUUCUUUUCGUAAUUGGUUUCAACCAAGUCAAUGCAUCCACUAUAACAGAUUCAGAUGGAAACCCCAGCACGCGUAUCGUUGGCGGUACUGCGAUUAACGAUGGCACAUUUCCGUUCGUGUGCUCCGUUUACCAGCAUGUACUCUCCGGAGCCUGGAUUUGGGCACGUGUUUACUUAUGCGACAGCACCAUAGUAAACGACAAUUGGUUGCUUACUUCAGCUCAUUGCGUUUCCGGUAAAGACGCCGCCGGUUUACUGGUAAUUUGCGGUGUUCGUCAAACCAGAUCCGUCGGACGGAUAGAUUUCAAUCCGGAUUACAUCGUCAGCCGGAAAGGAAACGAUUUAGCACUGGUAUUGCUGAGGACAGCUUUAGUGUUCACGACGAACGUGCAACCCAUUCCGAUUUUUGAUCAGCCAAUUUCACCAUUCAGUACGGUCACAAUCGUCGGUUACGGUUCGUCGAACCAUGGUUAUGAAAAAUGGCAGACAUAUGGAUUACAGGCAAUAAUUGUGCCAAUCCUUUCAACCGAAGCAUGUAUUCAGCGACUAGGACACUCGGCGAUAUACCUAACCAGCGACAUCGUGUGCACCGAUAGGGGCUUAUCGUCAGAUGGAGCUUGCCUGGGCGAUUCAAGUAGUCCAGUCUUCAUAGCUACCGAAUUGUACAGUUUCAAUUUGCUCGGGAUAUCGGCUUGGACCACCACCCCUUGCGGCAGUGGACCGUCAAUGCAUACCCUGAUUUCAGCACAUAUCGGAUGGAUUUUGACCGUAAUCUCUCCUAAUCUUACAACAACACGAAACAAUAAAUGAUAGAUGAAUAAAGCUUCAGCGUUAUCUUUUAAUUUUGUAGUUUUUGAG